AAGCACUCUUUUAUAAGGAGUUUUAAAAAGCCUCUCAAAAACAGCAGCAGAGAUCGAAGCCUGUGAAGGGAGGGGAAGGCAGGGGGAAAAAAAAAAGGGAAGAAAAAACUUUGGCAUGCGUGCAGUGUCUUACAUCAAUCUAGCAGUCAGCAUCUAUGUAGACGUUCUUUCCUCCCUUUGUGCAACACCCCUUUCCUCCUACAGACCACCCAAAGCCCUAUAAAUAAACCAAGAACACUGUUUUUUCUCCAGCUUGCUCCUCAGACCUCAAAGGGAAAAUAUCCAGCAGGGGAAGAGAGAGAGAGAAAGGGAGAGAGUGAAACGAUGGCUAGCGAAUUCAAAAAGAAAGCCUUCUGGAGGGCAGUGGUGGCUGAGUUUUUUGCCAUGAUCCUCUUUAUUUUCAUCAGCAUCGGCUCGGCGCUGGGCUUCAAUUUCCCCCUAGGCUCCAAUACGACAGUCACCGCCACUCAAGACAACGUGAAGGUCUCGCUGGCGUUUGGGCUAGCCAUUGCCACCAUGGCACAAAGCGUGGGCCACAUCAGCGGUGCCCACCUGAACCCAGCGGUGACCCUGGGCCUUCUCGUGAGCUGCCAGAUCAGCCUCUUUAAGGCACUUAUGUACAUUAUUGCUCAGUGCCUGGGGGCUGUGGUAGCCACAGCGAUUCUUUCUGGAAUCACCUCAUCUCUCCCGAACAACUCCCUCGGACUCAACGCACUUGCAAAUGGAAUCAAUUUAGGACAGGGGCUGGGUAUUGAGAUUAUUGCCACCCUGCAGCUGGUGUUGUGUGUCCUGGCUACUACAGACCGGAGAAGGAACGAUGUCACAGGAUCGGCACCUCUGGCCAUCGGGCUCUCUGUUGCCUUAGGGCAUCUUCUUGCUAUUGAUUACACUGGUUGUGGCAUUAACCCAGCAAGAUCUUUUGGUUCAGCUUUGAUUGCCAAUAACUUCACUAAUCACUGGAUCUUCUGGGUCGGGCCAAUCAUUGGAGGACUGAGCGCUGCCCUUAUCUAUGACUUCAUCCUGGCUCCCCGAACCAGUGACCUGACUGACCGUAUGAAGGUGUGGACCAGUGGCCAAGUAGAAGAGUAUGACCUGGAUGGCGAUGAGGUUAACUCUCGGGUGGAGAUGAAGCCAAAAUAAAGAAGAAUUAUAGAUAGAAAUGUAUUGAUUUCUGGAAAAAAACAUGUAUCAGUAUUAUGGACUCUUUCUAAACAAGCAAGGAGUACUUUACAGUGGUUUUUAAUUCACUACAGUUUUCUAUUUUUUUUUCUUUCCCAAUCUUUCAAGGCAUUUUUACUUGGGGCUCUCAAGUAUGAGCUAAAAUCAUUAGGCACCGAUGUGUGAGCUAGAGGGUCAGGUUAAAGUUGUAACCCCCCUAGCUUAUGGCAUCAUAUUCAAGGGGAUCCUUUAGAUAUACCACAACAGUGUUCAUAUGACCAGUCUUAGUGCUGUGAGAUUAGACUGCUUGGAAACAUAGCUAUGUAUAACUAGAAUGGGGAUUUUACUAAGCAGAAAGUAUUGCUGUAAAAUAGAGUAUUGAUAUAAUGCGCAUGAUGAUCAUGUGAAGAAUUUCCCCAGCUGUGGGCCCAAAUAAAAUGAUGUAGAAAUAAAGGCCUUUCAACCAGCUAGAAAUUAUUUGGAUUGAGCCUGAGCUUGUCAAAUUGUAUGUGAUUCCCAACACACCAUAGCAUAUAUGGUCCAGAGCAACAUGGCAUCUCCAAGUACCAGAUCCAUUUACAUCUUCCAGCCUUGAGCUUUCCCUGUACAUGCCUAUGCUCGCUCUUUGGGACUAGCAGAUACAACACGAAAUUCAAAUGCUCUGAUUCUAGGGAAUUAGUCACUACAAACCAAACCAUAAAGUAAAGAUAAUGAACAAGAUCAAACUGAUGACCUGUAAAAAAAGGAUUUGUCUCUUCCUGUGGCUGCUCUGCUUUUGUUAAUCUUGCAUAUAUAACUGUGCAUCUUAAAACAAAACAGAAAAUAAAAUUCCUUGUUUUAGUAGGUAAGACUAGGAAAUUCAGGGACAACGACAUUCAAAGUAGAGUAUAUAUACGCAGUAUAUAUUCUAAAUGGGCACAAAAAUAAAUGCGUGUGCUUAAACAAAUUUUGGGGUCAUUUCUUGUUAUAAAUAUAUAUAUAUAUUUUAUACAGAUAGAUAAAUAGACUGUUUUGUAAGAAAAUAAGAGAGGAAAAUACAUCAAAAGGGCUGUAAUAAAUGGUAGACAAAAUAAACGACACUGGAAAUGCAGAGAAAAUGAACACUUAAAAAGGUGAAAGGACUAUUUUCUGUUUUUGUUUUUCGUGCUACUUUAUAUGGCCUGAGAAAUACAUAGCUGUAGAUGGUCUUGUAUACUAACCAAAGUAUAUAGUCUAAGCAGAUAUGUGCUCAUAAAACCUAUCCUAAACUCAAAUGAAUUGCCUUUAUGUGAGGAAUUAGGCCUGGGGGGAAUCGGUGUAAAAGAUCGCACACAGCCAGUUCACCCAAGCAAUGAGUGGAUAUUAUUUUUGCUUCAUUGUCCUGUUAAAGAAACGGUAUUAAUCCAGUUGUCAAAAAUGAUUGAGAUGGAUAUGAAUAUAUAUCAGGCAGUUUAACACAUGUACAGUACAGAAAAGUGAAAAUCAAACAGAUAUGGAAUACCAUUUUCUCUCUUGUGUACAUUUGGUAUAUUAUCCAAUGUAUUGUCUAUGUAAAUACAGCAUGAUUGCAUUUUCGAUUGGUUGAAAAAUAAACAAAAUCAGUUGUGCUA